GUACUACCCAGCCCUGCGGACUCUGGAGCAGCUGGAACAGACGUGUCUCCCCAGAGCGGGCCAGUACAGGUUCUGUUCCAUCAUGUCUGACAAUAUCCCCAGACUGAGGACCCUCAUCAGAGACACGGCCAUGUCUCAACUGAAAGACUUCCUGGAAUCUAUUCGGAAACACAGCGACAAGAUAGGAGAGACCGCUAUGAAACAGGCCCAGGUCCAGCGCUCUCUGGACAGCGCUGUGUCACUCCAACAGAGAGCUGCGGUUGGUCGACGGCUGAGGAAGGAGGCAGGACUAGGGGCGGGGACUGACAUUGACGGACAGGGCAGCAGCCCAAUGUCUGAACAAGACUCUGGAGUACUGGAUGUAGAGGAUGAGGAGGAUGAAGAUGAGGUACCAGGGGCCCAGGAGUUGGUCGACUUCUCUCCAGUGUAUCGAUGCCUCCACAUCUAUACAGUUCUGGGUUCCCGGGAGCAGUUCGAGAACUACUACAGGAAUCAGAGAAGGAAACAGGCUCGCCUCGUACUGCAACCCCACUCUAACAUGCACGAAACCUUGGAAGGAUACAGAAGGUACUUCAAUCAAAUAGUAGGGUUCUUCGUGGUAGAGGACCAUAUUCUCCACACUACCCAGGGCUUGGUGAACAGGGCCUAUGUAGAAGAGCUGUGGGAGCUAGCUCUUUCCAAGACCAUCGCUGCCCUGCGCACACACUCCUCGUACUGCACUGACCCAGAUCUGGUGUUGGAUCUGAAGAAUCUCAUUGUGCUGCUGGCAGACACACUGCAGGGCUAUGGGUUCCCAGUGUCUCAGCUGUUUGAUAUGAUGUUUGAGAUGAGAGAGCAGUAUGGAGAGAUAUUACUGAAGAAAUGGAACCUCGCAUUCAGGCAGGUGUUGGACCAGGAUAACUUUAGUCCCAUCCCCGUGGCAACAGAGGAGGAAUACAGACAGUUCACUUCCCAGUUCCCCUUCCAAGAUCCUGAACUGGACAAGCUUCCGUUCCCUAAAAAGCUUCCGUUCUCUGAGUUUGUUCCUCAAGUCUACUCUCAGCUCAAAGAGUUUGUCUACGCCUGCCUCAAGUAUUACGAAGACCUUCACCUCAGCUCUACAGAGAUCGAUGAUGUCAUCCGUAAGUCGACCAACCUGCUGUUAACCAGAACGCUCAGUAACUGUCUACAGUACGCAAUGAAGAAGAAGAACGUAGGACUGGCUGAGCUGGUUCAGGUGAUCAUCAACACGACCCAGCUGGAAGCAUCAUGUGUUUACCUGGAGGAGUUCAUCUCCAACAUCACUAAUGUUCCCCCCGAUACCGCCAACGCUACCAAGCUCUACGGGACGUCCACGUUUAAGGAUGCGAGACAUGCAGCAGAAGAGGAGAUCUACACCAAUCUGAACGCUAAGAUCGACCAGUUCCUUCAGCUGGCAGACUACGAUUGGACAGCAGCCCAGGGGGGCGGGGAUCCGAGCGACUACCUGAGUGACCUCAUCGCCUUCCUCUGUUCCACUUUCUCUGUCUUCACACACCUGCCGGGUAGUGCCAUAGAACACGCUAGACUGCCGGGUAAGGUAGCCCAGACAGCCUGUAUGUCAGCCUGUAAGCACCUCUCUACCUCUCUGCUCCAGCUGCUGCUGGAGACAGACGUCAGACAGGUGUCUAUGGGAGCUCUGCAGCAGUUCAACACAGACGUCAAGGAGUGUGAGAGGUUUGCCAGAGCGGGGCCGGUACCCGGCUUCCAAGGAGACACGCUGCUGCUCGCCUUCUCUGAUUUGAGACAAUUAUUAGAUCUGUUCACCCAGUGGGACUGGUCCAGCUAUCUAGCUGACUAUGGAAGACCCACCUGCAAAUACCUGAGAGUCAACCCUCACACAGCCCUAACACUGCUUGAAAAGAUUUCUCGACUGAUGAAAGACACCAGUCGUAAGAACAACAUGUUUGCUCAGUUCAGGAAGAACGAGAGAGACAAACAGAAACUCAUCGACACUGUGGUCAAACAGCUACGCAACCUCAUCUCCGCCCACCAGACCUGAAUGGAGCAACGCUAUUGGUCAACGAACAUCACCAGACCUGAAUGGAGUGAUCCUAUUAGCCAAGGAACCUCCACCUUGCAAUCCUAUUGAUUACUGCAACCUCAAUAUCUGCCCACUAGACCAAUCUCAUUAGCCAAGGAAUCUUAUCUCCGCCCACCAGACCUGAACCCAUACAUCCUAUUGGCCAACGAGCUUCAACCUCGCAAUCCUGUUGGCUAAGGAACAUCAGUCUCCGCCCACCAGACCUGAACUCAACCAUCCUAUUGGUUGAGGAAACA